UGCUUCAUCUGCUCCUUUUAAGCCGGCAUUUUUGAGAGGGAGGUCCCUGGGAAGCAUAUACAAACACUCAGUCAAGCAUCCACGCUCACCCUGCAAACUGCACUAGAGGCCAGCAGAGAACUGACCAAUUCCUUCACAGAGAACAGGAAGUUGAAGUGACCAGACAUCAAGAUGGCAACAAAGGGAGUCGGCAUGGCAAACAAAGGUCCAUCCUAUGGCAUGAGCCGGCAGGUUCAGGAUAAGAUUGACAGCAAGUAUGACCCCGAGUUGGAGCAGAUCCUGGUGGAGUGGAUCACCCGUCAGUGCGGCUCUGGUGUGGAGAGGCCAGAACCGGGAAAAAUGGGCUUCCAGGCCUGGCUGAAAGAUGGAUGCGUCCUGAGCGAGCUGAUUAACACUCUGUUUGCUGGAGAGAAACCUGUGAAGAAGAUCCAGAGCUCACCCAUGGCCUUCAAACAGAUGGAGCAGAUCUCCCAGUUCCUCAACGCUGCGGAGAAGUAUGGCGUCACCAAGACUGAUAUGUUCCAGACUGUGGACCUCUGGGAAGGUAAGGACCUGGCAGCGGUGCAGAGGACCCUGUCAGCUCUGGGCAGCUUGGCCAUUACCAAGGAUGAAGGCACAUACAAUGGAGACCCUAACUGGUUCUUCAAGAAAGCACAGGAGAACAAGCGAGAAUUCACCGAUGACCAGAUGAAGGCCGGCAAAAAUGUGAUUGGCCUACAGAUGGGGUCCAAUAAGGGAGCCAGUCAGGAGGGCAUGAGCUAUGGAAGACCCCGGCAGAUCCUGUAAAAUCACUGAGCCACAGAUACCCAAAACCUCUGCAGCCCCUGACACCCUCUUAGAGCCUGUAAGCAUCUAACCAGUCCACUACAACUCCCCUUUGAUCAUUAAAUCCUCCGUGCUUUAGAAUUUAGUUACUUCCUCAGUUCCUCCUCCUCCCAAGUCAUGACACUUGCCCCAAAGCCCUUAUGUAGAUGCUUGCACUGGUGACCAUUACAGAGCUCACCAUGCUUUAUCCCUCCCACUGCAGUUUGGACCAGUACAACUGAAUGUUUGAAGUCUUGAGUAACCAUAGUAAUCAUAGUAACCAAUAGAAUCCAUAAAAAAUUACCAAUUCAUUGCCUUGGAGGUAAAAACACCAAGACCACCAUGUGCCAAAAUUUGUGUUGUUUCUUCCUAAUAUGAAACAACACUCACACAUGUUACACAUAUCUGACCACUGUCUGAUCUCUGAUACACAACAAAUGUCUGAAUUAUGGCAGCAGUUUCCUACAUUUUAAAGAUGCUGCCUCGAUUCUGACUCAAAGACUGAUUUGUUUAAAUGUAACUUAUAGAAGGGACAUUCUUUUCAAAUUCAGAGCUGACACAACCACUUGGCAUACCAGUACUCUGUACUUUUACUGUUACAGUAAUGUUCAAGACCUACCACUUCCCACAAUGCUACGCCUGCUGUAUCAGCGCCAAUAUUUUUGUACAUUGUCUUAUUAAAUAAUGACUUUGAAA